CAACUGCAACUGCAGUUUCCACUCAGCGGUGGCGCUCUGGACGCGCACGUUCUCUCUGCAUAGUUAUUGCGGAACAGCAAGUUAGAACAAAACCAAACCUCUCACUUCCGAAUGAUUAUCCAUUUAUCAAACACGCCCUUUUCCUUGGAGACGGAGUGGAUCUGGAACUGCACAUGUUAUGGGACAAGCAGCGGUUUUCAAACUGAAACAAAGUAGUAGAUGCCUUCCAGUAGUUUAGAGAGAGAGGACAAAUAACUGCUAUCACAAACUGAAUUUGUAGCGGAACUCUGUUGAACUUGUAAGAACUUGCCACCGGGAGUUUGCGGACCCAGCCGUAUGGUGAGGGAAUUCCACCCGUCGCUGGUUCGCCUGACACCAACUUGGCACUCGGUAAACUUGUGACCUACCAGAGGACUUGCGAUGUCAGGCAACGAGAGGGCGAUUCGUGCGCUCAGAGAGCUUCUCCAAAAGCCGGGGAACCAGGCCUGCGCUGACUGCGGUGCGCCCGGUCCAGAAUGGGGCUCCUGCUCCUUGGGUGUUUUCAUCUGCCUGGGCUGCUCCGGGAUCCACCGGAACAUUCCGGACAUCGGGAAAGUGAAGUCCCUCACGCUGUCCCACUGGGAAGACUCUGAAGUGCAGUUCAUGGCAGAGAACGGAAACGCGGUGGCGAAGAGUCGGUAUGAGGCAGCGGUGCCGGUGUACUACUACAAACCUACCUACAAAGACGGCCAGGUCUUGAGGCAGCAGUGGAUCAGAGCCAAGUACGAGAGGAAGGAGUUCACAGAGGCUGGGAAGAAGCUGACCUAUGAGGAGGCAACGAGGGAUGGCAUGCUGAUGAAAAGGGGGCGGGACAACGGGCAGUUCCUCAGCCGCCGAUUCGUUCUCUCUGAGUGGGAAGGAACACUGAAGUACUUCACCAAAUAUGAUGCCAAAGAGCCCAAGGCAGUGAUCAAGAUGGACACCAUCAACGCCUCCUUUCAACCAGAGAAGAUUGGCAACCCCAAUGGCCUACAGAUCACAUACCUAAAGGACUACAGUACUCGCAAUAUCUUUGUCUUCCAUGAGAAUGGCAAGGAGAUAGUCGACUGGUUUAAUUCUAUUCGAGCAGUACAGCUCCACUACUUAAGUGUGGCUUUCCCAGGAGCCACAGAUGCUGAGCUGAGACCAAAGUUGACCCGGAACUUUCUGAAGGAGGGAUACAUGGAGAAGACAGGCCCCAGGCAAACAGAAGGCUUUAAAAAGCGCUGGUUCACUCUGGACCACAGGCGCCUCAUGUACUUCAAAGAUCCACUGGAUGCCUUUGCUAAAGGCGAGGUGUUCCUGGGCAACGGCGAGCUUGGCUACAGUGCCAGCGCCGGCCUGCCCGCUGGCACGCACUGCAACGGCUCCUGGUCCUACGGCAUCACCAUAUUGACGCCCGAGCGCAGCUUCCUGUUCACCUGCGAGACGGAGAGCGAGCAGCAGGAUUGGCUCAGGCUCUUCAACGGCGUCCUCAUCACGCAGAUGUCACCGCAGGAGUACAGCAUGGAAGCCCUCUACAAGUACAAGCACUGACGGAGCUGGACGCCCCCCUUUCCUCCCGUCAUCCGCUGUGUACACAUCACUGACCUCUGCCCAUCUUUCCUGACCUUUAACCUUCAGGGGUCAUGGCGCAAGGGUGAACUGUGUAUGAGCAAAACAGGUGUAACACUACUGAAAGCUUUGUUUCAUGAGCAGGUUCUAGUUAUUAUAUUCCACUGUCCUGGACUCAUUCAUACACUAAAGUAUACACACUGUGGUCCACUGUCAUUCAAAAGCAGUUGUUCUUUACAUUGUACAGUGGUAGGGUUUUAUUGUUUAAGAAAGGCAUUUCCUGGAACAUAUAGAGUACUGUCUUAAUAAUGAUAGUAAUGGGGUUUUCCAGACAACUACCACAAACCAGCCAGGAAAAUUCCUAGUGGGUGCUUUGUCUAAUUUGUUUUUCUAACAUGAAUCUUUGUCUUUGGGCGCCACCUAGUGGUGUUCUCUGUGUCCUCAACUCUCCCAUUUUGCCUCCUUCAGUUAUUAAAGUAGAAUAUUGAAUAAAAACAAAUAUGUUCUUGGGACUUACCCUUUUUUGUCACAGGGUCCCAGAACAAGAACUAUGAGAAUGGCAGUCGUUUUGAUGUGGUUUAUCAUGUAAAAUUCUUGUAUAUCUAUCGUUCAGCGCACACUGCCAGUAUAUUGUGUAGCAGUGAGUGAAUCAGUGGGAAAACAUUCAGUCACUGUUUAUAAUAAAAGACUAGUUUCUUUGUCA